AACAAUGCUGAGCAAGAACAGCAUGAAGAGCGACUCAGAGUUUAACCAUCCUGAAGAUUUCAAAAGAUCACGCCAUAAUGCCACACUAUUGAAUCCGGGUCCUCCAGCGCUUUACCGUCUGAACACAGAAAGAAAACGGAUUGAUGAAACUGAGACAAAGGUUAAUCGAUGGACAUAUGGACAGAAAAAAAGAAAUAAACAAAACAAAGUUAUUCUGAUGGUGGGAGAAACUGGCGCUGGGAAAACCACCAUGAUCAACACCCUGAUCAACUACCUAUUGGGAGUGAAGUUCGAGGAUGAAGAGUUUUAUCAGAUCACAGAAGAAACUGAAGAUAAUAAAGAAGAGGAAGAAACAUCUGUAGUCACUGUUUAUGAGGUGUUUGUUGAAGAAAACCCAACAUCUCUGACCAUCAUCGACACUCCUGGAUACGGACACACUGAAGGACUCGAGAAAGACAGAGAGAUUUCUGAGUAUCUGAUCAGAUUAUUUUCAGAUGAGAAUGGGAUUCAUUAUAUUGAUGCGGUGUGUUUUGUGAUGAAGGCGACACAGAAUCGUCUCUCUAGAAAAGAGCAUUACAUAUUUCACUCAGUUCUGUCUCUGUUUGGUAGAGAUGUAGAGAACAACAUAGUGUUUCUACUCACACAUUCAGAUGGAGGCCCUCCAACAAAUGCCCUCAAUGCCGUUAAGAAAGCAGAAAUACCCUGCAGAAGAGAUGGGAAAAGAAAGCCUAUUCACUUCUUAUUCAACAACCGACAGAAAGAGAUAAGAGACAAACAGUAUGAACAUAACUACAGAUCAUCAUGGGAAAUGGGAGUGAGAAGCAUGAAUGAGUUCUUCACAUUCCUUGAAGAAAAGAACAGAAAAAGUGUUAGGAUGACAUUAGAUGUUAUGAAAGAGCGAAUACAACUUGAGGCCUGUGUCUCUCAUCUAAAGGCUAGAAUCUGUGAGAAUGAGUUAAAAAAUAAAGAACUUACUCAGAUUCAGGAAGCCCUUGCACAGAACAGAGACAAGAUUCAGAAAUGUCAAAGCUUUCAAUUUACAGUCAACAGAUGUUUCAAAGAAAAAGUUCCCAUUGAAAAUGAAUGGGGGUGGAACAGAAAUGCAACCUGCUGCAACGUCUGUCAGGAAAAUUGUCAUGAAUGGAACUGCUGGUGGGUGGAAAAUCUCUCAUGGUGUGAAGUCAUGAAAUCGAACCACUGCACUGUGUGUACAGGAAAGUGUCAUUACAGCAAACAUGUUAGAGAGAACAAAAAAUAUGUGAUCAGGACAAAGGAAACGAAAAUGGCAUUUGAUGAUCUUAAACUGGAGUAUGAACACACUGGUGACCGACCUGAAACCAGCUUUGACAAAGGAAUAUAUAUAAAUACUAAAAUGGAACAGGAAAGUAUCAUGAAAGAGUCUGAGAAUAAAACAGAAAUAGAAGAGAAGCUGAAGAGCAAUCUGGAGAAGAUUAAACACGAAAAGUCCAUCAUGCUGCAUGAAGCUUAUAUCAGCAUUGUGAGUCUGUGUAAGAUCUCAUUAAUAGCAGACAGCGCUUCCACUCUUCAGCAUUUGGAUUUCUUGAUUCUCAGACUGAAGGAGGAAAAAAGAAAUAAAUGGAUAAAGAACCUGGAGGAUCUGAAGAAAACUGGAGAUCAGCAGAAAAACAAGGGAGCUUUACGUCAUUUGAUGGAUUACACUAUGCAAAAAAACUAA